AUGGCGAGUUCCGAUCAACCAGUAAUGAUAGUUGCAAUCGACGAGAGUGAACACAGUGCUUACGCUCUCAAAUGGACUCUCGAUCAUUUCUUCAACAACAACAAUUCCGUUUUCAAGCUUGUUCUUCUUCACGCUAGACCUUCCGCUACUUCUUCGGUUGGUCUCGCUGGCCCUGUGUAUGCAGGAGCUGCUGAGGUUUUGCCGAUUGUGGAUUCUGAUUUGAAAAAGAUUGCUGCUAGAGUUGUUGACAGUGCUAAACAGCUCUGCAUUAAGAAAUCGGUAAAUGAUGUAAUAGUGGAGGUGGUGGAAGGUGAUGCUAGAAAUGUUCUCUGUGAUACAGUAGAGAAAUACCAUGCUUCAAUAUUGGUUGUGGGUAGUCACGGUUAUGGGGCUAUAAAAAGGGCGGUUUUAGGUAGUGUGAGUGACUAUUGUGCUCAUCAUGCUCAUUGCACCGUGAUGAUUGUAAAGAAGCCAAAAACCAAGCACUGA